CCAUACUGUUGUUCUAAUUCAGAAAUAAUCGCUGCCUUUGCUUCUUUUCCCAAGACGACUUUUAUAUGGAAGUAUGAGGAGGAAAAUGAUGCUAUACUCUUUGAAAAGUAUCCAAACAUCUAUACCAUGAAAUGGGUGCCUCAAACUGAUUUGCUUGCUGACCACCGGCUGUCCCUUUUUAUCACGCAUGCUGGCAUGAAUUCUGUCCUGGAAGCCGUCUUCGCUGGAAAACCUAUGGUCGCGAUUCCACUCUUCGUGGAUCAGAUCUUGAAUGCAAAAAACAUGCAAAGUCGUGGUCUGGGUAUCAUGAUCGAUAAACAUGAUCUCAAUAGGGACUCCCUAAUUGCCGCAAUCCGAGCGACACUCCCUGUGAAUAGCACCUACGCUCGUAAGGCAGCUGGCGUAGCCAAAUACCUUCAUGGACGUCCGGCUGCAGCUCGAGCAGAGAUAUCUCACUGGGUGAAGCUGGUUGCAGAAGAGGGGCUCUUGGACCAUCUAGUCAUGAGAUCUAGGGAAAUGUCCUUCAUAACAUACUAUUGUAUAGAUAUCAUGGUCUAUUUGGCUAUUCAAUAUAUUAUCAUUUUAUUUCUUCUAUUCAAAACUGUGAAAUUUGUUUUUGCGCAAAUCUGCAGACUUAUGAAACUCAAAGCUGAAUAA